UGGGGAGCUUCCCUCUCGCUGCCGCCCUAGAGUUGACUCCAGAAGUCAUGGUGUUGUGGGAAUCUUCCGCAGUUCGCCAGUGCAGCAGCUGGACACUUGGCGAUUGCUUUUGCUGGUUGCUUCUGCCGGUGACACUGCUCAUCGUCGCCCGGCCGGACAAACUUGCAGCCUUCCCUACCUCCUUAAGUGACUGCCAAACGCCGACCGGCUGGAAUUGCUCCGGUUAUGAUGACAGAGAAAAUGAUCUCUUUCUCUGUGACACCAAUACUUGCAAAUUUGACGGGGAGUGCUUAAGGAUUGGUGAUACCGUGACUUGCGUCUGUCAGUUCAAGUGUAACAGCGACUAUGUGCCUGUGUGUGGUUCCAGUGGCGAUACCUAUCAGAAUGAGUGCUAUUUGAGACAAGCUGCCUGCAAGCAGCAAAGUGAGAUACUUGUGGCGUCAGAAGGAUCAUGUGCCACUGAUGCAGGCUCUGGAUCAGGUGAUGGAG